AUGGAUCCAACGAUCGAUGACUUUGUCGAUGAAAGCUUUGAGGUCGACAGGUUCGUGGUCCAGUAUCUGGGAGCUCAAGAUGACAACGACGACAACCUGGUCGGUUCCUUGAUAGGCGACGCCUCGCUGCUGGAUGCCGAGGACUUGCUCAUCAAGGUCGGCAAAUGCUGCCAGCAUGUGGAUAGUCUGAGACAAGAUGCUCGGCUGCGGCUGCAAGAAGCGUCCAAGAAUGCUGACUCGCUGUAUUGGACUCACACGAACAGGGUAAGGUCGUUGAAGGUCGAGUCGCAACUGGUUCUGGAGAGGGUGCAGAAUCUUGAGUCGGAGAUCUCCACGGUUGGCAGCAAGGCAGUGAAUGUUGGGAGGAGACUGGACCAGGUGAACAGACAAAGACGAAGAGCCCAAGAAGCAUCCAAGGCGAUCAAGAUAUACGACAAACUCUGCGGGGAGGAGGAGGACGAUGAAGUGCUGCAGAUGCUGGUUCCCAGGCAGGGAAAGCAGGACCUGAUGCACUCUGCUUUGAUGAUACGCAAGGUGGAAGCAGCUGUGAAGAGCAGCACGAGUGAAGGGCACGAGAGGGCUAAAGUAAAGCUUGAGGAGGCGAAGAAAAGAUUCGAGCACUUCACGUUGCAGUGCUUUGAUGACGCGAACGAGGUCUUCGAAGGGUCCAGAAAUCCUUCAGCCCUGCACGAGAUGAAACACAGUGCAGAAGCUCUGACAUGGUUCAAUGGUGGACAGACAAUCGUGCAACAUUACAUAGCGACGCGAAAGUUCUUCAUCGACCCAACCUACAUCCUCCAAGACAGGGCAGAGAUAGACCAGUUGGAUUCUUUGAAGUCAGCUUCAUCGAUCUUGGAUCGAAUCGUGGAUGAGUUGGUCGACUUUGCUGACCAUGAGGUCACAGUGAUCCCGCAGAUCUUCCCCAACACUGAGAGGGUGAUGAUUGCUCUGGUACAACGAAUGUGCCUUGAACGGUUACAACCGGCCAUAGAGGGAUUGCUGGACAACACGAUGGAGCAGUUUGGGCUGCAUGAUUGGCUAGAGUUGUUAGAGAACGUCGUCUGCUCAUGCCAGCGUCUUCAUCACAGCCUAGGAACAGACAAGCACGAGACUGGGGAAGUCAUGAGCCAGCAAGCCUUGGACGAGGUCAGAAACCUCAUAGAAGACUCACUACUUCAGUAUCGCGAUGCUUUCCUUGCGCGGCAGCUGGAGGCGCUCCAGGUUGACCUGCAGCGUUACUUUCCUCAGUGGACGGACGAGCAUGUCGGGAUAUUCCUCAACGACGAAUCUUCCAUGCAGCAAGGAAAGAGGGAAACUCCCCCUUCCACACAAGAGCCAGAAGCCAUGGCGCUGUCGGACGUGGCGCUCAGGUCGGACAUGCCCGAUGGCAUCGAACAGAAACGAUCCAUGCUCGUGCAUACUGCCAUGAUCGACGAUGCGCUAUCAAGAGUGGGUCAAGCUGUCAAGCGAUGUCUGAGGGUUCUGGAGGACGAGCGCAGACCGCAGGCUCUCCAGGCGCUGAUAACCGCUCUGGUGGACAAGAUGAAUGAGUUUCUCUUCUCGGCUGUGCGGUACGCGUCAUCCAUGAUCAAGCAGGAGCUGGCGGCCAACAAGGAGCCGUCGGUUGCGAUCGUGUGCUACUUUGUCGUCUACUCCUCGAAGAAGCUCCAAGACUUCUCGGCAGCUGAGGUAGUCCCCUACUCCUCGUCCGACGUCCGAGCCCAUGCAGCCAUCACAGACGUACUCUCCAAGGCGAUGACGUGGACUGAGAGCGCGACGUCUCAUCUCGCGACUACAUACGCCAAGAGCCUUCUCAGCUUCUUCGAGUCAACGUUGCAGAAACAACCGAAGACCGACUUCCUGCACGUCAAGAGCUCGGGGGAAGAGCUUGGGCAUCUCCCUACCGAUACAUGCGUGACGUGCGUCAAAACCCUACGGGUAGCGAGAGACGCGUGGCUGUACAACGGGCCAACCCCUCUGCACGGCAAGAAGACGUCCUUCGACAAAUACAAGAAGUUUGUCAGCUCAGCUGAGAGGUCCCUCGAUGUCAACACGCUGAAACUCUUCUCCUCCAUCGCAGAUCGCCUCCAUCAAACCUUCUCGCGCCACAUCUGCCGCUUCACCUAUUCGCAGGAGGGAGGUCUCCGCCUCCUCCAAGACCUCAAGCAGUAUCAGCAGAUCGUGGGAGAUCUCUUCGCUCACGGGCACGCAAAGGAGAUCGAGGAGCUCCGUGAGGCUGCCAACGUGCUCGUACUGUCCUUGCACAACGUGGAGCUGAUGGUGAAGGAGAACGCAUGGAGGGAGGAAGACAGAGAUCGUAUCAUUGACAUGAUCAUCAUGAGAUCUGACUGGUCUUCUCUUCGUCCGAAGGUGAUCCAGAAGCUACGAGCCUUUCGGCCGGAUCUCAAAUGA